CAUAUAUGUUAAAAAAAUGAAGUUUAUUGUGCUAUUUGCCGUUAUUGUUCAAGGAUUGAAUUGUCUGCUGAGUGCUGAAGGAAGGAAUACAUAUAACGAUAUGGAGAUCAGUGAUGAUCAAUAUGAUGAUUACGAUUAUACAAAUGAUGAUUAUGAUGACGAUUAUGAUGAUGAUGAUGAUGAUGAUGAUGAUGGCGGCGUGAUUAGAACCAUCCAGGAGUACGAAGGUGUAGAGAAGAUGAAACGAUCACUGCAAGAGACAAAACCCAAUACAGUUGCUAAAAAGAAGAAAGCUGGGAAAAGAUCAAAAACCAGAAAGAUUACGAAGAAGAAGGGGAAAAAGAGGAUUAAAAAAAGAAAGCAGCAAAGGAACAGACAAGUUUCAGCCACUGAACCUCCUGUAGAGGAGAGAACCUCUGGACCCUUCGGAUAUCUCUACCCAGAAGAUGUAGAUUGGACUGUAAGAGAGUAUAGAUGUGGUAACUGUGAAGACACCUUGAUUAUCUAUGACCCCUGGUAUGCCCCUCCUCCAACUAUCUAUCUACCUAUAUUUUGUACUUCCAACCUAAGUUUGUACAAUUCCUGGGCGGAGAAAUAUUUAAGUUAUGGACCUAAUCUGACUUUUAUAUUUAUACCUGGAUCCUUGAACUGCACUAACCAGCUGGCAGCUAAGCAGGUCAACUUCAAACAGUUCAGUGUUGAGCUGUCCCAGAACACUAGUGAUGAUGCUGGGGAGAAACAAACAUUUUUCAAUUGUGGGGCGGAGAUUGAGCAAGAUGAAACAGAUUACAACUGCGGAGAAGAGGCUCCAGAGUAUUCUGUUUUUCCUACCAAUCACAGCUGUUUCUGGCAUAUUUAUGCGUAUGAACACUGGAGACGACAAAUUGUAUUCAAAGACUGGGAUUUACCCUCAUGCCCUGAUGGGUCUACAAAGGGAGAUUGCUGCAAGCAGGGUCCACAUCUUCUAAUAUCACAGACAGGAUAUGCAAAGAAACUUGAAGCGUAUUGUGGGCAAACUGCGCCUAAGUUUGAGAAUACUGUUUUUGAUCUUGGUAGAGCCCGUUGGUUGAUCAUUUUUAACAAUACGCUUCACAAGGACCAGAUUGGAAAAAGCAAUUCCAAACUUGCUUUCCAGGCUAGAAGCAUAGGAUAUAGAAGAACUGCCUCGUAUGAUCAGAAGUUCUACGGGAAAAAAUGUUUAUGUGGGUUAAGAAACACUAACAGACCUGUAAAAGAUCCUCUUGAAAAAUCAGGAAUAGGAAGGAGAGAAGCAAAUCCUUCCUUCUCUCACAACAAAACAAUCAGGCCAAACAGAAAAAUAAAAAAUGAAACUUUAAAACUGGGAAAAAGAAAGCAGAUAAAAAAGAAAACCCCGCAAAAAUACGCAAAAGUUAACAAAGACCAGAGAAACCCGAAGAGAAAAAAUGGAAAAAAAGGAAAAUCUUCGCGGAAAAAGAAAAAAGUGAAUUCAAAGUCAAAAAAUGAAAAAGUUAAGAAAACCGGAAAAAUGAGUGUAAAACAAGACACUGCAGCUAGUAAAGGGCCAAACAGCCCUUUCAAAUCUAUUUGGCCUUGGCUGGUGAGUGUAGUUUAUGAUGAGAGCUAUGUGUGUACUGGGUAUGCUGUAUCCCCAAGUAUUGUUGUUAUUGUUACAAAAUGUUUCCAUUGGAUCACGGAUAUCAAGGGAACAGACCAAACCGGUGUUGAAGACCUGAAUUCAAGAAUAUCCAAGAUCUAUGUGAUCUGCCAGGAUGAACAGGAUAUUGGUGUAGAGAGUGGGUACUGGGAGGAGAAAAGAACUGUUAAACAAAUCAGAAUUCAUCCAUCUUGUGAUCCAGUUGUAAGACCUCAGUACUGUGUGCUAGCUCUAAUUCUAUCUGAUGGGUUUAAUAUGACGGCUCCGUAUAGACCCAGACCUUCAUGUCUUACCUGCAAGUUGAACAGUAUGUUGGACAAGAUGACACGUGCCACACCUUUACUAGCUGGAUACGGUCUUAGGCCUCCAUAUCCAAACCAAAGAUCUACAACAUAUCUUGCUGAACUAAGUCUAUCGGAAAUGCUCAGUAAUGAGUGUGUUAAAAGACCAAAUCAAAGCGCUGCCGAGACCUAUUGUAUCAGUAGUUUUGGACAGGAGAAGCAGUGUGAUACCUCUAGGAUUACAGUUGGAGGGAAAAGUGUUUUAGGAUUUAGAGAUUACGGAUCUAUUUUAAUGACAAGAUUUGGGAGAAGCGGAUACAAAAUUAAUUUUCAAGUUGCUGGGUUACUUUGGGACUACAGUUGUGGAAACAGUGGGUCAGCUGAAUAUAUCCCUACCUGGCCAACCCUCUCAUGGAUAAUGGAUAUUAUACUAGAAGUAGACAACGGACCUUGUGUUGCACUUAUUCGAAAAUCUGCUUGGACAGAGACAGUUGAGCCAAAUGGGUUUUAUGGGAAUGGAGGACAAAUUUAAAUUCAAGCAACAUUUAAAAUUAAAUAAAGCUUAAUACAAUUAGA